AUGUUGCAUCUCAGGAGGCAAUUGGCGGUUACAUGGCUUUGCUUGGCCACGGUAGCAGCGUAUGAUGCUGCACGGCUGUGGCAGAGUGUUGUGCGAGCCGGGAUCAACGAUGUGGGACAAUGGUACGGGGCACUGACCGGCGCAGAAGACGAAAUAAGCGUGCAGGAGCUGUGGGCCGAGUUGGGAGAGGACGAGAGCACGCUUCUGGAACUGCUGUACGAGACGUCGGUGGGCGUGGUCGAGGAAGUAGAGCACGGCGCAGCGACGAACUGGUUUGAACUGAACGGCAAGCGGUACACGGGGUCAGACGAGUCUUUCUAUCUGCAGUCCGGGGAGCUGGACGCGCAGCAGGCGGUGGCGGACGCGACAGUGCUGCGGGUGGGCGAGGGCGUCGUUGGGACGGCGCCCGAGGCACCGAUCGUGGUUCUGUACGGGCAGGCGGGGAGCGAGGAGUUUGAGGCGUUCAACUGGAACCUGUACCGUGAGGCCCAGCAGGGUCGGAUUCGGCUUGUGUGGCGUCCGACAUGUGCGGGUGCGGGCUGCGGCCAGCCCCGCGUGGGUGCGGUUUACGCGCACGAGUACAGUGUGAAAGGCGACUGGUGGAGCAGCACAGUGCGCGGCGAGGUUGCGGUGCCCGCGGAGUUUGCUGCCAAGAAAUAUAGGCUUGGUGGCGUGAAGGAUGAAAACCUCUCGCUACUGGACCUGAAAGUUGCGGCCUUGAUUGCGGAGCAGCAUGGCCGCACAGAGGACUUUGCGGAGACGCUCGAGUAUGCGAGACAGCUCAUCAACAACUUCCCGCUGCUUGCUGAGCACCUGGUAGACCGCGAGGUAGAUACCAACUCGACGGAGGUGCAGUUGGAAGAGGUGACCGCGACCGGGGUGACGUACGAUGCAAUUGGGUUGUACAUCAAUGGCCAGCCGUGGAAACUGUCGUCGCUCGACAUGCGCACGUUCCUGCUGGCUAUCAUGAACGAACGGAAGAAGAUGCAGCAUCUUGUUACCACCUUGCAGAGCAAGUACGGUCAGUUAGGCGUAGAAGAUGCCAGGUCGUUGCUUUCGAAGUUCUGCCAAGUCAGUGUUUUGAAUGCUCAGGACAUGCAGCCCGCUCGCUACGAUUUCCAUCGUGUUCCUGGAUUCAGCGAAAGCGUAAUCUACUUCAACGAUAUAGAGAAAGAUCCGCAGUACAGCAAUAUGAGUACCAAGCUGGAGAGCAUCUUUGAAAAGUCAGACUACGGCGUGAUUCCUUCGUACCGCAAGAACUGGAAUGAGCUCGUAUUCGUUGUGGACUUCGACUCGCUUGAUAAUGAAGAUACCAGGGAAAUAUUGAGUGGCAUGGUGCGUGCGUUCAGUGUAGCUGACGAGGGCUAUCCGCAGCGGAUUGGCUUACUUCCACUUUACCGGGGGGAUUCGAACCCCAUCGUUGAGAAUAUCUACCGGCAUAAGGAGUCCGGCAUCGCAGAGGUGAAGAACUACCUUAGGUUGCUAGUCCUCGGAGAGCGGCCCGGAAGUGAAGGAGCUGCCGAUAUCCCACCUGUCAAGAAAAUAUUGCAAGACUUCUCCAUCUUCAAUAACUCUCUGCUAAUCAAUGGUCAGAUCCAUCCGUUCAAGAAGAACACCUGGCAUUAUCUAAUUGCAUCUACUGUGAAGCACGAUGUGGAAAUACUGAAGAGUAUGGCAGGACGGUUUCCUUCAACUAAUGUGAGAGAAUUGUUACAUAGCAAAUCUCUAAUCACCCGUGAUUCUCGUUACAUUGUGGACUACUUUGACGAUGCUACGUACACAGUUGAGCAGAUAAGUGCUCUGGAUGACCUGGAGAAGAGAGUCACAGUUUAUCAGAAAGGUGAGGCCAAAAAGCUUUAUCACACUAUCACGUUAGUAGAUGAUUUUGAAUCGAAACCGGCCCUGGAAAGAUUAAAAAAUUUACUUCAAAUAAAAUUCAAUGGGGUACGCAUAAGGUUGCUUCAUAUCGGCGAGACUUUUAGCUUGUAUGAGGAACUUCAGAGAUCACUGAAUGAAGAAGAAAACCCAUUGGACACUAUUGGUGCGCUACUCCGCAAAGCUAGAGAUGCUCCAAGGUUCUAUACAGCUAUCGCUGAACGUCUGCAAGCAUGGGUCCCUGAUCUCACCCGGGAGCAAACUGUAGGAACUGCCUUUGCGGUUAUCAACGGCCGCUAUGUUCAAUUUGGCCCGGAAAAUUCUGUCAGCAAGAGCUUGUGGGAGUCCUUCCUACAAAGGGAAGCCAGUCGCACUUUGGAUCUGCUAGGGAUCGUGGACACACAUGUCCCAGGCAUGGGCGAUGCCAAGGAAGACUCUGAUUUUGUCGAACAGCUUACUUCUAUUUUAAGUCAAUUGUUUUAUUCCGGCUCCAACAUAUUCCAUAGCGGUAUCGAACAUACCAGCGAAUCUACAUUACCCAGAUUGAACAUCCUGGAGAUAUUGCCGGAUGAGCUAACUGGGGCGCUCAUAGCCAAUGGUAACCGAGCCGCGCCGGUCGAAUUAGCGGUAAUUUUGGAUCCUCUGGAGGAGAGGUCACAGACUUUCCUACACUUAGUCGACCAAGUCAAAUCUUUGAGCUUCCUUGACAUCCGGCUUCUACUACUACCCACCAAAAAGCUCACUAUCUUCCCAAUACACAGGAUCUAUUCCGAUGAUGCUCUCUCGCUAAGUCCUACGGAAGCAUUCACCGUGGGCAGAGAACUCCCACACUUUUUAUUCCCUGAGCCUAGCAACCCUGAGGUUGCUAGCAUUAUUAUUGAAGGAUAUGCAUUCGACGAGAAAUUGCCAGUUAGCAAGACAACCGUCGAGAGUCGUAUGGAUGUGUGCCUGGAACUUCUAAAUGCCGAAGGUGAGGUUGUAGACUCGACCUCAACGAUGAGUGUGUUUGGCUACUUCCAGUUCCUAUCGCCUACCUUAGGGUAUGGAUUCUCCAUCAGAAGCUGCAGCCCAGAAUAUGAAGUGACAUCAUUUUCAACCAAUGCGAAGGCAGACUACGUCCCCAGUGCAGAAAUAUCCAUAGUAGACGUUACUCCUCAAAGGGUCUUCGUGAAACUCCGUGGGACAGACGAAAAGGCCACAGGGCGUGAUACUAAUGAACAGGAGGGUAUAAAUAUUUACGUCAAUAUUUAUGACCGAUCUGACGAAACAUCUUUUAAGGAAAAGUUGUUUGCUAUUCUUGCAGGCACACCGCAACAUACUUCGGUAACAUUUUGGCUCGCGUAUGGCGCCCCGAUUUCGCCCGACCUGCAAGCCGUGCUGCGCACCGCCGAAAGCUUGCCUGGUCGCCACGUAGCCUGCAAGCCCAUUCGCUACGCCUGGCCCUCCUGGCUCCGUCCCCAGCGCUUCGUUGACCGCAGGCUGGACGCAGCCCGUUUGCUCUUCCUCGACGUAAUGCUAUCACAUACUAUGCGUGGCCGGCUGAUCAUGCUCUCCCUAACCGAAGAGCGCACUCCAGAUGUCCUAGAGCUCUCUGAGCUACAGACUUCCGCGUACCUAACCAUGCGCCCUCACCGUGGCCAUGGCUACUGGGAGGAGGGCUACUGGCAGAACUACCUUGGUAAACAUAACCUCAGGUUCUUCAACCCCUCGCGUACCUUCGUGGUCGACCUCGGUCGCUAUCGUUCUCUCAGUGCUGGUGACCACCUCCGUGUUCACUAUCAGAGGCUGUCUGCAGAUGCAACUUCCUUAUUGGACAUUGACCAAGAUCUGGUCAAUAGUGUGCAGCUGCUCCUGAAAAUUCGGCCCCUACGCAUCAAUAAAUUCCUGCCCCCAGCAACCGGGGAAUGGAUUGCCGCAUGGCCUAGUAAUUCUGUGAAUGACUGGACCGGGAACCCUCCCGACACCGAGUCAGCCUCCGAGGAAGCCCUCGACCACGACGAGCUCUAG